UCUUUGCGGCCUAACGGUGACGGACCCAGGUGACAGUUCACCGUGCAGACCCUUCUGAGGUUUCUGGAACGUAGCGGGGUGGGGCCCCUCUGAUGCGCAACCAGAAAGCCGAUACAGACCGCGAAUGCAAUGGCAAAUUCAGUCUAUUUCAGUUUAAAUUAUAUUAGCUGUGUAGAACUAGUAGCCUACAAAGGACUUUCCUCAUUUGUAUUAUAAGGCUCUUCAAUUUCUUACCAUCCAGCAAGCAUCGUAGGAUUUCUGAAAAAUAGAGACAUAGGUAGACACGUACAUUGUUCUGACUGGACAGAAUCUGAGUGGGCGCAGGGAGCAUCAUUUUCCCGUCUCUGGUCAGUGAGUAGGACGUUCAUUCAGGCCUCUCUCAUCAGUAGCCUAAAACGUUGAUUCAGAUUUUAAGUGCAUAGGUUAUUAUAUAUCCAUCGUUGAUUAUGGCCUGGCCGUGCAUCACACGGGCUUGCUGCAUUAACCGCUUCUGGAGUGAGUUAGACAAAGCAGACAUCGCUGUGCCUUUGGUUUUCACGAAAUAUUCGGAUGUGGCUGAGGUGCAACAUCUCCACCCUCAGCCUCCAUCUAGACAGACGAGGACCGGCCCCAUCACCAUAGAAACCCAGCCUUCUCACAGUGAACAGGAGGCGGUGGCGGCGGUAAAGGCACCGCCCGCGACUGGUGCCGCAUCAGGAAAACAUGGCUGUAGUGCGUCUGUGAUGCGCCAGGAUUUCAGGGAAUGGAAAGAUAUACGCCCGGAGCCCAGCUGCAAACCCAAGAAUGAAUAUCACCCCUCCGCGACACCUUUCCACAACGUAACACAGUAUCAGAAGGAUUAUAAGCCAUGGCCUGUCCCGAAAAAGGGAGACCACCCCUGGAUCCCCAAACCCAGCCCAACUGCCUCCUUCGAUGCCCAAGAACGGGGCGUUGGGACCACAACAAAGCAUGCAACUACAGAGCACGAGAGCGGUGUGGAGAAGAGUGAAAUUGAAGAAAAGGUGCAAGAGAAAGUAUCCAAAGAGAGGAAAAAGAAACCAGUGAAGAAGGAGAAAACUGUAGAGAAGAAAUUGAGUGCCAAAAUGGAGGUACAGCCACCGGCAGAUGUCACUGUGGAGAGGAAAGGAAGGGCAGCAGCAGACGCGCUGAACAGACAGAUUAAACAGGUCGUCUCAACUGGCAGCUCUUAUAGAAAUGAGUUCAAGGCGUACAAAGAUGUGAAGCCAGUGAAGUCAACCAAGCCCCAGUCUCAGUACAAACCGCCUGUGGAUGACAAGGACAAGUCCAGCCUGGAGACCAGCUACAGCGCCACCUACAAGGGGGAGCAGGCUAAGGUGCAGCCCACUGACAACAAGCUGCUGGAGCGCAGGAGGAUACGCAGCCUGUACAAUGAGCCAGGCGGCAAGGAGACCACCAAGGUGGACAAGACAAAAACCAAAGCAAAAAAGACAACGACAACGAGCAAAAUGGUGAAAAAGGCGAAAGAGAAGACCAUCGCUGGUGCACUGUCAACCAAGAAGAAAACCUCCACGAGCACCAAGCCAGACGAGUCCAAGCCAGAGGGAGGCGUUAUCUCAAAGAAGAGCAAAGAGAUAAGCAAUAGACUGGCUGAGGCAAAAAAGUAAAAACAAAACAUCUCUGCACUACUUUAAUUAGGGAAUUAAAGGCUGCCUAAUGAAUUAGAGGACUCUCAUCCAUUUGGUCUAUCUCUUUCUCUCUGUAUUUUCCUUCAUGUUCCUCAUCUCUAUGUAUACGCACUAGAUGUGGAGCUUUUAAGUUGACAUUUUGACGUUUUCACCAGGCUGUCGUUUAACUAUAGUGCUUUGUGCGUGUCUGUGUGAUCGCGGGUGUGUGUGUGUGAGUGUACACUUACUCUCUCUGUUAUAAGUUCAGCACAGAUUUUGCACAUUAUUUUGUUGCAUUUGUCAAUCUUUUGUAGAAAGAAAACCAUUGUAAAACAGAGAGUCAUUGAUACACAUAGUAUACGUAGAGAACCGUAUAUGGCUCUUAAAUGGCUGUUGAAGGCAGUGAGAGGUUUUGAUUAUUUUUCUGACUAUCUAUCCUUAUAGUGGUGAUGGACUGUCUCUCUUCUUUUCCAUCUCUUAGACUGCAAUGACUAUCUGGUCUCUGCAGAUAUAAAAUCUUAAUUACUGUAGCGUUUCCUGGUUACAGUGACUCCACUCUUUGGACCUAAUUUUCAUUUAAUUAUUCGGGAAGAUAUCUGGUUUCAUCAAUUUGGUUGCUAAGGAACUAGCUGAACUGUAAUGUCAUUUCUACAGCUUGCAUGCAAGGCCCUCUUUCUGGUUGUAUAGUAGCAUUCAAGUAUCCUAUUCCCACGGUCACAAUCUAGUUUGUAAUUGAAAUCAUUCAUGAGAAAUCAAAGGGGGCAAACCAUUUCCAGAAUAACUGCAUGUGUAGUGAUAGUCUGAUCUCAUACCAUAAGUGUCUACACAAACAAACAACAAAACUGUCACUGACUUACAGUACAAAAGAUGGCACGUAGUAUUCUAGUGCCUAUUGAAGCUGUUAUGUCAACCCACCAGCUUUGUAGUUCUGCCUUCACACACGUGGUUCUACUGCCUUCUUCAAUGUGAGAACCACUUUGUCAACUUUCCAGUUAUUUGAUACAGUAUGAAAACUGAUGUAUUUCUGAUAAUACACCCCUCUUUAAUGAUAUGUCUUUAUUUUAUCCAUUACAAAGCUGUGAUGCUAUUUGUGUGCAAAACCAUGUAUAGUGUUAAAAAUGAGCAUAUGUAUGAUAUAGGAAAUAGGAUUUUGUAUUUACUCAAUCACCUCCACUUUCUUCAAUGGGCUCAGUAGUUCAGUGUAAAAAGAUAAGAUGUGGGCCAGGAUUAGAAGAUCAAAAUCGCUUUUUGGAACAUGCAGCUGCCUGUCUGGAACCAUUGAUAUGAGAUCAAUUCACAUUGAAUGUGAGUGCUACUCUCACCCUGUCUCUCUUAUGUCUGUGUACCUGCAGUCCGCCAGUGUGUUACAGUAUGUGGCAGUCCUCCUCCCAUAUGCUGUUGUGUGUCUGCUACUGUCUAUUGUAUCCCCAGACCACCUUGCUCUCUGCUGCCUGUCAGGGUUCAGUGUGUUAAACCUCCACAGCCCACCGGCUCCUAGCGCCUGCCCCCCAGUACAGUAACUAACGUGUUGAGCACACCACACCUCGGUGCUAUGACACUCUGAACUAUAUGCUGUCAGUUUGAUGCUAAUGUACUCAAACCGUGUGAAAUGAUGACAAUACGAUGUCAUAUACUGCAGAUGUGUUGUGAUUGUGUGCUUGUGUGCUUGUAUUCUCAGCUUGCUCUGAAUGAACUGAUUAAAAAUGUUGAAGCAGAA